AUGAACAGCCGCACCAGGAGACAAGCUCCAAGAAGGGGGGAAUCGCCUGCGUAUCUCCGGUACUUAAAGCCUGGGGCAUUAGCCCAACUGAGAGACUCGCGAAUCAGCGCCAGAACUCACCGGGUUGACUCAAAGCCAACUCAGAUCUCGUCUCCUCCACGACCAGCAACUCCGCCACAGAUUGGGCCUUCUGACGGGCCCUCUUCUCCUUGCUUUUCGGCCCGGAUCUAUGGUCCUCGCUGCCCUCAGAGGAAGAAACUCGUGGCCGCUAAGGGUCCGCUCUUUGUUGGCCCGAAUGUUGGUCAUGCCCAGGAGCCCGGCCCGAUUAGCGAUAGUAGUAAUCUUAAUGUUCUUGUUGCCCAUUGA